CGUUACCACGAGCCGAAGAAGAGAGUGGAAAGGAGGGGGAAAGAAAGAGAGAGGGAGGAGAGCGAAGCAGGCCAGGCCGGAGCCGAGGAAUCCUCAAGCCACCAGUCCACCACCCUCCUCCCGCACCCUCCGAUUCAGAUCUCUCCUUCGGUCCUUCCCCUCCCCUCCCAACGACCGGAGUCCCUUCGAUCUCCAUUCCUCCCCAGCCCCGAUCUCCUCGUCGUUCAGGUAGCCAGCAGCGUUGGCGGCCGAGGCGGAGGCCAAUGGAGGCCAUCCGGAAGCAGGCUUCCAAGCUCCGAGAGCAGGUCGCCCGGCAGCAGCAGGCCGUGCUGAAGCAGUUCGGGGGCGGGUACGCGGACAGCGUGUUCGCGGACGAGGGCGAGGCGCAGCAGCACACCAAGCUCGAGAAGCUCUACAUCUCCACGCGCGCCGCCAAGCACUUCCAAAGGGACAUAGUUCGCGGGGUGGAGGGGUACAUCGUCACAGGCUCGAAGCAAGUCGAAAUCGGUACUGUUCUUGUGGCAACUUUGAAUUGUGCGUGUAAUGCGUGGCGUGGUUUCAUAGGGAUUGAAAUUGUGUGUGUGUUUUGUGGUUUCACAGGUAACAAGUUAUGUGAGGAUGGCAAGAAGUAUGGUGUUGAGAACACCUGUACCAGUGGGAGUACAUUAUCAAGGGCAGCGCUGAGCUUUGCGAAGGCACGGUCCCUGAUCGAGAAGGAACGGGGGAACCUGCUGAAAGCGUUUGGCACUCAGGUGGCGGAGCCACUGAGGGCUAUGGUGAUGGGAGCUCCUUUGGAAGAUGCUCGUCACCUUGCCCAAAGAUAUGACAGAAUGCGGCAAGAAGCUGAAGCACAGGCUAUUGAAGUUUCAAAGCGUCAAAUGAAGAUAAGAGAGACGUCUGGAAAUGGUGAUAUGAUUUCAAGGUUAGAGGCUGCUGAAUCAAAGCUGCAAGAGCUAAAAUCAAAUAUGGGGACUCUAGGGAAAGAAGCUGUUGCAGCAAUGACGGCUGUUGAAGGCCAACAGCAAAGACUGACAUUGCAACGUCUUAUCGCGCUGGUUGAAUCUGAGAGAAGUUACCACCAAAGGGUCCUACAAAUUCUAGACCAACUUGAAAGAGAGAUGGUAUCUGAGCGCCAGAGAAUUGAAGGAGCACCUCCUCCAGUCAUUGAGAGUUCUAUGCCGCCUCCACCUGCAUAUGAAGAAGUUAAUGGUAUAUUCAUGAGGGCCCCAACAGUUGCUGAAUUAGUGGAGACAGUGGAGCAUUUCUUGGCCGAGGCCAUCCAGUCGUACCGAGCUGAGAGUGAAACAGAGCUCAACCUGUCAAGUGGUGACUACAUAGUGGUUCGCCAGGUGUCAAACAAUGGAUGGGCUGAAGGCGAGUGCAGGGGGAAAGCUGGUUGGUUCCCUUACGAGUUCAUCGAGAAACGGGACCGUGUGCUGGCAAGCAAAGUUUCCCAGGUCUUCUAGAAAUUGAUAGGGCCAUACAUAUGUCCCUGGUGUUAUACACUGUACAUUGUGAUGUUCUUUUGUCCCAUAAGGCGAUCUGUGAAGAAGUUGUGGAUGUUCUUUUUUUGUUUUUGUUUCAUUCUUUUUGUCAAAAAACACCUGCCCGUGAGAUUGGUUGUUGAUCCUUCAGGCUAGCUAUCUGCACUGUUCAAAUUAUACCGGCUGGAAACUGAACUUGCA